UUUUAGUUAACGGUAGGAGUUAAAUUAUUAUGCGAAUAUAAAUCUUAAAGGACGAGAUUUAAUUUAUAAAAUCUUAAGAAAAUUUGUACUUUAACUAAAUAUCAAGAGAAGUGUAAGUAAUUUGUCCUAAAUAUAUAUAUGAGGGCCCACUUUCAAAGUCCAUCUCAGGUCCCAUAAAUCUCAGGGGCAACCCCUGACCCAACCCGUAACUCGCAAUCCCCUCUUUCUUUCUUCGGCCGCCAUAACUCCUCUCUACCUCUUCGCCACCCUUGUAGGUCCCUGAACUCAACCGUUUGAAUAUGGUGGGUUUCAGUCAACGAUGGGCAGAGGAGGUGGGGCUUCAGGUGACGAUCCAAGGGUUGAUUUUAGUGGUGAUUGGUGGGUCAGUUUUGGUAGUGAUUUGUUGUUGGAUUUGGAUGAUGGUGGUGGUUGGGUAUUUUGGUGGUGGUGGUGAUAGUGGAAUGCCAAAGUGAAGGGAGAUGAUAAUUGUUGUGGUGGCGGUGUUGUGGUUUGGCGGGCGGUGUAAUCGUGGUAGGAAGGCAGGUGAUGGGGUGAGGCUAGUGGAGAUGUGAUGGUGUGUGGAGGUGGGACCGUGGCGGGGUGUGGAGGGAUGGAGAAAAAAUGGUGAUGAUGGUGGUGUAUGUCAAAUUAUUCAAAUGUAGUUUUGCCAAUUAUAACGGAAGGUCUGAUUUACGGCAACAGUAUGGCCGCAUAUCUCUUGGCUAACUUGGUGACCUUCUUGACUCACAUUUGGAAGUUAAAACUCAAGCAUGUUGUUGCAAUCAUAAACAUUAAAGGUGGAGCGGCAGGUAUCAUGGGGUUAGUGGAGGCUGCUCUCAUAGAUGCUUAUCUUGGCCAUGCUGGGAUGUUGCUCAUCACAAGUGUUCUUUACAGCAUUGGAUUGGGGUUGCUAGUAAUGUCAGUUCCUGAUCGGUUCUUUUCCAAUGGUGUAAAGUCAUGUCCAGCAAGGGAGAAAUUAUGCUCUUCGAAGCUAACUGCUUCACCAUUCUAUUGGGGAUUAGCUUUGAUUGUUCUUGCCAAGGCUGGCGAGCGAAUAUGUUUGAAAGCCCUCACCUUUGGUAAAAUAAAAUUCAAAAGAGAUCCACUCGAAACAAAGGAAUACAAAUUUGGUUUCUUGAAGUUUGAAGUUCCCCGAAGAAAGAUUCGAGACGAAAGGAAAUGUCAAAAGAAUAUUAUUCAAAUUACCUGCAACAUAGUUGGAGCUGCAGGUGGCAUCACAUUGAUUUUUGUAUUGUCGAUUUUUACCCCUGAUUGGUCUUAUCGGUUUUUGAUAUCUGCAUAUGUAAUGGCAAUUGGGAUCGUUAUAUUUUUUAGGGGAUACGCAUUUCUUUCCCCCCUCAAUUGCGAGCAAGUGCCCUCACAAACAUGUUGCGGGUCCUUCUGGCUGCAUUCUUAAAGAGGCAUCUUGACUCUACCAAGCAAGGCACAGAAUUUAACUAUGGGGAUGAAGAUCAGACACCUCAAGGUCAAGGUCACAACCAGGAGACACCUCAAGGUCCCAAGAAAAGGGCGACGCUCGAUCGGCUCAAUAAUGCUGCAAUAAAUGUGCCAUGCAAUUUCUGCUGGUUUCCCGAUGGAUGGAUUAAUUGCACAGUGGAUGAGGUUGAGGAGACAAAGCAUCUGUUAAGAAUGGUUCCAAUCUCAGCUACCUUUCUUUUGUAUGGGGUGAUCAAAUCCAACAGUAAUACCUUUUUCAUUGCGCAAGGAAAUGCAAUGGACAGGUCAUUUCAUUUUGUAUUACAAAAAAAGCAGCAUCAAAUUCAACUCCCCAUUCAAAUCUUCCUUCUUAUGGCAGGAUUUGCAAAUUGUGCAGUGAAACCUCUGUAUAGGAUAGUAUUUGAACGACGAAUAGAGCGAAUGAAUGGGAGAUACUCAGCUGGAAUGAAGGUUGGUUUAGGAAUGGUUGCCGCUUUGGCUUGUUGUAGAGUUGCUUGGUGGGUGGAGAAUAAAAGGCUAAAAGCUUUGACAGAACAUGGCUUGUCAGGUAAUCCCGAUGCCAUUGCACCAAUAUCUGUAUUUUGGCUCUCUCCACAGUUUGUACUGAUGGGAAUCAUGGAUGGAUUAGCUCUUGGUGGUAUGGAGGAUUUCUUUAAGUAUCAGGUUCCAGAGUCAAUAAGGAAGAGAUAUGCACUCGUACUCACUGAAGCUGUGAUCGGAGGGGGAAAAAUACUGAACAUAGGGUUUAUUAUGAUAUUAGACGUGGUGGUCAUGAAGUUGAGAGCUGAAGAUGGAAGUUGGAUUGCAGGCACUGUGAAUCAGAGCCGUUUAGAUCAUUUUUAUGCUGCAUUAGUGGUGGUGGGCAUAGCCAAUCUGUUAAUCUUUGCAUAUGUUGCUAGGUUCUACACUUAUUGUGAUUUUCUAAAAGAGGAAGAGGGAGAUGAAGAAGAAGAUCCACACGAAGAAAUUAAAACUGGAAAGAAGCAAGACAAGAUAGAACCCACACCAGAUGAAGAAACAGAAAGAACAAUAAGAACUAGGGAUGUGCAAAAUGCCACUCAAUUCAGUGAAAUCGAAUUGAUCCGUAGCAAUUCACACCACUCUAGCCGUUAUCAGCGUUAAAAUUUAAAAUUUAUAAUUUGCCAACUGAACUGUUCUG